AUGUCGUCGAGAAUUGAGCGUAUGUUCUCUGGCCCAGCCUUGACAUUGGCCAACUACUUGGACAAGCUUCCCAAGAUAUACAAUGUCUACUUCAUCGCCAGUAUCUCCACUAUUGCUGGUUUGAUGUUUGGUUUUGACAUUUCAUCCAUGUCAGCCUUCAUUGGUAGCGACCCAUAUAAACACUACUUUAAUACUCCAAGCUCGACAAUUCAAGGUUUUAUCACUGCGUCUAUGGCGUUGGGGUCCAUUUUUGGGUCUAUUGCUUCGGCAUUUGUUUCGGAACCAUUUGGAAGAAGAUUGUCUCUUAUCAUAUGUUCAUUAUUAUGGAUGAUUGGUGCUGCUGUUCAAUCGUCAUCACAAAAUAGAGCCCAAUUAAUCAUUGGUCGUAUAAUCUCUGGUUGGGGUGUUGGCUUUGGUUCAUCCGUUGCUCCUAUUUAUGGAGCAGAGAUUUCGCCCCGUAAAAGAAGAGGUACUGUUAAUGGGUUUUUCCAAUUUUCCGUCACUUUAGGUAUCAUGAUUAUGUUCUAUAUCUGCUAUGGUACCGGUCAGAUCAAUGGUGUUGCAAGUUUUAGAAUAGGCUGGGCAAUCCAGAUCAUUCCUGGUUUGCUAUUAUUCUUUGGAUGUCUUAUUAUUCCUGAAUCACCACGUUGGUUGGCCAAACAAGGUAAAUGGGAACAGGCUGAAGAAAUUGUUACAAAGAUUCAAGCCCAUGGAAACCAUGAAGAUCCUGAAGUUUUGAUUGAAAUUGCUGAAAUCAAGGAACAAUUGUUGAUUGACCAAGAAGCCAAAACUGUCGGUUAUGGAACCUUGUUUAAGAAAAAGUUUCUUAAAAGAACAGUUACAGCCAUCUUUGCCCAGAUUUGGCAACAAUUAACCGGUAUGAAUGUUAUGAUGUACUACAUUGUCUACAUUUUCCAAAUGGCUGGAUACACUGGAAACACCAAUUUGAUUGCUUCAUCAAUUCAAUACGUGUUAAACGUUGUUUGUACAAUUCCGGCAUUGAUCUGUUUCGACUACUUUGGAAGAAGGCCCGUGUUGAUGCUUGGUGCACUUUUUAUGUUGAUCUUCCAAUUUGGUCUUGCUGGUAUUUUGGGCAAUUAUGCUGUUCCCUGGCCUGAUUCAGGAACCGAGUCUGUUACCAUCAGAAUUCCCGACACCAACAAGCCAGCUGCUAGAGGUGCUAUUGCAUGCUGCUACUUGUUUGUUUGCUCGUUUGCGUCCACCUGGGGUGUUGGUAUCUGGGUCUAUUGUUCAGAAAUCUGGGGUGACAACAGAAUAUCGCAAAGAGGUAACUCAUUAUCUACUUGUGCUAAUUGGUGUUUCAAUUUUGCUAUUGCCAUGUACACACCAUCUGGUUUCAAGAACAUCAAUUACAGAACAUACAUCAUCUACGGUGUCUUUUGUCUUGCCAUGGGUCUUCAUGUGUUUUUCGGAUUCCCCGAGACCAAAGGAAAGAGAUUGGAAGAAGUUGGACAAAUGUGGGAAGAAAAUAUUCCAGCUUGGAAAUCAGCUUCUUGGAGACCAACUAUUCCUAUUGAUCCAGAUUCAGAGUUAGCUAGAAAGUUGAGUGUUGAGCAUAAGGAGACUGGUUCUCAAUUGGACGAAAAAGUUCAUGAUGUUGACACCAACUCUGUUUGA